AUGCACUUCUCCACCUUCCUCCCCGUUAUGGCCUUCGGUGCCGCCCUUGUCCAGGCUGUCCCUGCUGACGACCUCGUUGCCCGCGGUGCCGUCUGCGUUGACAGCGAUAUGGCUCGUGUCCGCGCUGGCGAGAGCGCCCCUUACACCUUCUGUACCAAGUGGAUCUCCGCCUCCACCCACUCUUCUUCGCCCAUCAACGGCUUGACCAUGAAGCGUGUCUCGGCUGCUUGCCAGUGUAUCGUCUCUGAGGCCAAGAAGGCUGCUGCCUCUUCCUCCAAGGCUUCCAUGCUCUCGGUCGCUUCCAAGUCCAAGGCUUCCGCUUCGUCUGUCCUUUCCGUCUCCAGAGCCUCCGUCUCCAAGUCUAAGGCUUCGGUCGCCUCUGUCUCCAAGGCCUCGCGUGUCUCGGUUGCCUCUGUCUCCAGCAAGUCUGCUGCUGCCCGUGUCUCCAAGUCUCUCGCUUCCGUCGCCUCUUCCAAGUCGCUCGCUGCCUCCAAGUCUCGUGCUGCUGUCUCCGCUUCUCGCGCCUCUGUCGCCGCCGUCUCCAAGUCUUCUGCUGUUGCCCGCGUCUCGGUCUCGCUUGCUUCGGUUGCCUCCUCUAAGUCUGCCGCUGCCUCCGUCUCCCGCGCUCGUGUCUCUGCUUCUCAGGCUUCGGUCAUCUCUGUCUCCAAGGCUUCGCGCUCAUCUGCCAUGCUUGCUUCUCAGUCCAGCGUCCACCAGGUCCAGGCCUCCAUCGCUUCCGUCUCCGCCGCCUCGGUCGCUUCCCGCAACUCUGUCAUCGCUUCCCAGUCCCGUGUCGACGCCUCUUCCACCAGACUCGCUGCCGUCUCUGCCUCCAAGGCCUCUGCUGCUUCGGUUGCCUCUUCCAUCAGCUCCGUCUCUGCCGCUUCCGCCGCCUCUGCUGCUUCUGCCGCCAAGGUCUCCAGCGUUGCUGCCCGCUCUUCCGCCAACGCUGCCUCUGCUGCUUCUUCCAUGUCUGUUGCUUCCGUCUCUCGCGCUUCGGUCUCUGCCGCUCGCGCUUCCGACGCUUCCGUUGCCAUGAGCCAGUCCAUUGCCUCCAAGGCCUCUGCCUCUUCCGCUUCUUCCGCCUCCGCCGCCUCUGUCGCUUCCGAGUCCCGCGCCGCCGUCUCUGCCUCGCGCGCCUCUGUCGCUUCCGCUUCCCGCGCAUCCGCCUCGGCCUUUGCCACUGCUAUCGUUCCCUUCAACGGUACCACCAACGCCCGCCACUAA